AUGCGCAGAAGAAAAGUUUUCAUCGAAGUUGGCGUGUGGUGUUCCCUCCCCCCACAAUUUGUGUCGGUUUUUUUUUCUAGUUCGAAAAAAUCUGUGCUAGAUCGGCUUUUAGAACGCCUGACAGCAAUGAGCGCUAAUAUCAACUUUGCUGCCAACUCCGCAGCGACGGCGGCGAGCGGCGCCCCUGCGCCGUCCUCUGCUGCGGCGGGCAAGGCCACCGGCGCGUCCUCGCCUCUGUCGAACUCAGACACUAAGAGCAAGAGCCACAUGAUUCUGCCCUACGAGGUCCUCUUUACGCUGGUCGGCCGCCGGGUCACGGUGGUGCUGACGAAGAGGAACUUCGAGCUCGAGGGCACGCUGCAGUCGGUGGACAGCGACAAGGGUGACAUGCUGCUCUCCGACGUGGUGCAGUACCACUGGCUCUCCACGGCGAACACAUCGGCCGACGGCGCAGAAGCGGAGGAGAAGGGAGCCGAGGCAGCUAGCAAGGCGGAGGAAGGCUAUCGGGCCUGCUUCGGAGGCGGCCAGCGCAAGGAACUGAGUCGUUGCAGUCAGGCGAUGGUGAACAGCGCUUACGUGGCGCUGGUGACGCCGACUCUUUUUGUUCCCGAGUAG